ACCGCGCCUGCGCACUCAGCCAGUCGCCUCGCAGACCCUGCGGACGUGCUCUCGCCUGCUGCCUUCGGUGUGUCCUGACGGUGAGAUGCGCCGCCUCCAGGCCCUCGCCAGCUCCAGACACCUUUGGAGCUUAAGGACACCAUGGAGCUCAGCAGAGUAUUUCACCGGAGAAUAUGAUGGCUGAAAACAAUUUAAAAAUGCUGAAGAUUCAGCAGUGUGUAGUAGCCAACAAACUACCUAGAAAUAGGCCAUAUAUUUGCAAUAUUUGCUUCAAGCACUUUGAAACACCAUCAAAAUUAGCUAGGCAUUAUCUCAUUCAUACUGGUCAAAAGCCAUUUGAAUGUGAUGUGUGUCAUAAAAACUUUAGACAACUAGUUCAUCUGGAGAGGCAUCAGUUAACUCACAAUCUGCCUUUUAAAUGCAGCAUUUGCCAACGUCAUUUUAAAAAUCUGAAGACAUUUGUGAAGCACCAACAGCUUCACAAUGAAACCUAUCAGAAUGACGUUAAGCAGAUCAGAAGAUUGCUUGAGACAAAGCAGGAAAAGCCUGUGUAUGGGGUGUAUAAUACUUUUACUACAGAGGAGAGAUGGGCAUUGCACCCAUGCUCUAAGUCAGAUCCCACGUACGGCACUGCAAAGAGAAGAAAGAAUAUUCAUGCGUGUACAAUCUGUGGCAAGAUGUUUCCGUCACAAUCAAAGCUUGAUAGGCAUGCACUUAUUCAUACGGGGCAGAGGCCUUUUAAAUGUGUCCUAUGCAGUAAAUCUUUCCGACAGUCAACUCAUUUAAAAAUCCACCAACUCACACAUUCAGAAGAAAGACCCUUUCAAUGUUGUUUUUGUCAAAAAGGAUUUAAGAUUCAGAGCAAACUUCUGAAGCAUAAACAAAUCCAUAUGAGGAAUAAGACUUUUCAGAAUCUUUCAUUAAAGGUAAAGAGUCCAGAAUCAUGCCCCCUGCCUAAUAAAUUAAAUGCAAAGCAGGAUGGUUUUGAAAUUGGUGAGAUAAGUGAAUCAGAGAAGAAUAAUCCACUUGAUGUCCACUCUAUUUAUAUUGUCCCAUUUCAGUGUUCAGAGUGUGAAGAAUGUUUUGAAUCAGAGCAGAUUCUCAAUGGACACAAGUGUCUUCCUGCCAGAAGUGGCAGGAUUCCAAGCAGACUCAAAAGAAGCUAUAACUAUAAGACCACUGUUAAGAAGAUCUUGGCUAAACUUAAACGUGCUGGGGGUAAAAAAUUAGACAACUUUCAAUCAGAGAAAACAUUUAAAAGCAACUACUUGAAAAAUUGUGAUGGUAUUGCUAGUGAGCAGAACACUGAACGAACUCAGAGAACAUGUGUGGGUUCGCUUGGCAAACAUGGAUCGUAUAAGACAGUUGGCAUCAAAAAGAAGAAAGCAGUGUCUUUGCCGUUUUCUUGGCAGAAGCAAUUCCAGAGCCAAAAUGUGGGCAAAACUUUGCAAGAUAUCCUUACAACGGAAAGUAUACUGACUAUGGAUGGUUCUGGAAAUAAUAAAGACUUGUCAAUCUAUGGUUCAUCAGAUGAGGAAUUCUUGAAUAAGUGUGACAUGCUUCAAUAUGGUUUUGCAGAUUCAAGUGAAAACAUGCACACUGGACAUAAAAUGUGCCCCUGUGAUAAAUGUGAGAAAGUAUUUCCUUCAGUCUCCAAGCUACAAAGACAUUAUUUAAUUCAUACUGGACAGAGGCCUUUUGGUUGUAAUGUUUGUGGAAAAUCUUUUAGACAGUCAGCUCACUUAAAAAGACAUAAACUAACUCAUAUUGAAAAGAUUCCCUAUAGUUCUUUUUGGCAAGUAGAGUUUGGAAACGUGAACAAACUUUUCAUUCAUCCAAGUGAUAAUGUUAGCUAUAAUGCUUCCCAACAGUGUCAAGCACUUGCUUUCCAGAAAUAUGAGGGUUCAGAGUCUGAUCAGAUACCAGAAAUGGAAGUUAACGCAGAAUCAGAAGAUUUCAUUCUUGGUACCCACUGUAGGAACAGGCCAACUUACCUCUCUAAUGCACUUUUGGAAUCAGAGCAGAGUCAUCACUGUUACAGUUACUUAGGGCGACCUGAAAGAAAUGAUGGGCUCCUUUACCAAUGUAGUGUUUGUUGUAAAAAUUUCCGAUCUCCAUCCAAACUAGAAAGACACUAUCUAAUUCAUGCAGGGCAGAAACCAUUUGAAUGCUCUGUCUGUGGCAAAACAUUCAGACAGGCUCCUCACUGGAAGAGACAUCAGCUUACUCACUUUAAGGAACGACCACAAGAGAAAGUGGUUGUCGUAGACUGAGUUAUAUAGCACAAAACCACUAACACAAUUAUGAUCUCUGGUGAUCUAAUUCCCCUUAAAACAUUUUUGGCAAAGGCUUAUAUUAGGUAGAGUGGUUUUGAAGGCAGUUGCUGGUCUUGCAUAGGAAGAAAUGAGACACAUAAAAAAAAAAUUACAGUGCUUUAGGGUAGCCAAGUUACUGUGGGGAAAAGAACAUGGUUUGAUGCCAUGAUGCAGGCGUCUAAUAUAAACAUACAUUGGUUAUACUAAAACUUACAAACUAUCAUGUUCACAUGCUUUGACCUCAUUCUUUGAAUUGCUUGUUGAGAUAUUCUAUCUCAUUCCAUCUACCCCUCCCCCAAAUGAGGCAAAAAUUGCCAUUCAGCUGAAGCAAACAGCCCUGUAUCUUAUUUUACAUGAAAGCACAUUUUAUCCCCCUGUGGUUCAAGUUUUAUUGCAAAACAUUUUUCUGGUAAACUAAAAGAUAUAAAGAUAAUAGAUAUGAAAGUAUGUGGGGAAAUUACAGAACUCUCACUUUUUCAAAGCUGUUUCUUUAGACUGGUAAUUUUACUUACCCCCCAACCCCAUCUCCAGGCUGCUAUCAUCUUCCUCUAAAAGUAGGGAAAAGGGCAAGUUACACCUAUUUACAUUUAACCCAAAUAUUUUCCAAGUGCCAUAAUCUUACUGAUAUUCCAUUUAUCUUUUUAGGGGAAUAAAUGCAAUUCACCUAUUUAGUAGUUAAUGAUUGGCAGCAGUGGUCAUGGAUAAGAAUAUUUUCAUAGGAUUUAACUAAAAUUUUGUUUGAAAGCCUCUCUGGGUGGUUGUAUGACUUAACUAAGCCUAUUCUAAAUUUCAUUAAAUGACAAUAGCAUUUUUGGUUUUGCCCCCUCUAGGUUUACAGUAAUGUAGUGUUACUUUGAUCUUUGUUGAUAUUUCAGUUAGUAAGGUCGUCAUCCCUAUAUAGGAAUGAAGUGCAUACAGAGUUCGAGGUACCAUUUUGCUAAACAGAAUUGUGAUUUGGAAACUGUCAUCUAACCCUAAACUAUGAGAGAAGUGUUUCAGUCAUAGAUUGUUAUUCACAUUUGUGAGACUUUUAAAAAUCUUUGACAACAUUUUCUAGCAAUAAAAAGGUUAACUGUUCUAAGGUAAAAAGUAGAACAGGUGGGUAUUUAGCACACAGCAAAAAGCCUUCCAUUGAGAAUAUGGGUGAAUGAAUAAUGAUUAUAAAUUUUGAUCAUGUUCUAAGAAUUGUAUUUUAUGAUGGAGGGAGAGGUUGGGAGGGAAAGACUUUGAUCUGUUUUUACUCCCAAGUGAAUUUUAAGUAACAUGGGUUUAAUUGCAGAGACAAAAUAAUGAUAGUGUGAGUAAAGUACCCAAAUGGAGUGCAGAUGUGCCCCUUUUAAGUAAGACAUUCAGCUAAAGUAGAGUAGAUCCACCUGUUUUAAGGCAUAGUUUUUCCUGUUUCUUUGAGAGUUGAGCUGUUCCUCCAGUAUAAGCAAGAUGUGGUUUACAGGAUCUGCUCUGCACAGAACUCUUCAAGGAUGCAGCAGUUGCAUAAAAGCAAAACAUCAGCAGUUCAUGUUUCCCAAGAAUAAAAGCUCAAGUUAUUUAAUAUGUCUGAAAUUAUGGAUUUUGGCAUUUCCUUAAGCUAUUUAUAUAAUUUUAUUUGAAGGGAAAUAAUUGAUAUACUCCUUUCCCACCUUAAACAGGGAGAGUUCUGAAUGUUGUGCUUGUAUGACGACUAUGAGACUAUUUGUCUGAGUGAUAAGAUGCUUUUUUUUUUUUUUUUUGGCCAUGCCUUUUUAAGCUGUUUCAUAUUGAAAGUUGGAAUAAUGUAAAAAUUUUGUCAGAGAUGUACUGUAGUGCUAUUUGAAGUACCUGUAACAAAAUACUUAUUUACCUUUAUUAUCAUUGCAAGCUUCUGAUGGAAAUUUUAUAGGAGUGACAAUAAAGUAUAAAUCCAUGUAAAGAUAAAUAUGUUAAAUGAUGGUUUUCAGCAUGUUAGAACUGUAGGUACUGUUGAAUCAAUUACUUUGGUUUCUGGAAAAGAAAAUAAACUUUAUAAAUAUCUUCAAAGAGAACUACAACUUUUGUUGGUUUGGGUGAGUCCAGGCUGUAGCAUGAUUAUUUACUAAGGAGUUUGAUUAACCACAUUAGUACUAUUACUGUUUCAUGUCUGAUACUGCAACAGGAUUUAUCAUUUUAAUGUACAUCUAUGUUGAUGGAAAGUAGAUGACACAUAAAAUUCCUGAAAAACAAGUUUCAGAGUUUCAAGUUACACAGUUUGUACUUUUUAUUUUUAAAGGAAAAAUCAUAUAUUGGAACAAGGUACCAAGUUUCAAAUCCUUUCUACACUGAAUUUAGGUGAAUAUGUUCUUUAUUUUUAAAUUUUUGUUUAUAUUUUUAAUUAUGUGCAUGAGUGUUUAGUGCAUGUGAGUAGAGGUGCCCAUGAGGCCAGAAGAGGGUGCCAGGGUACCCUGGAGUUGGCAUUACAGGCAGAUGUGAGCCCAAAGUGGGUGCUGGAAACUGAGCUUAGGUCCUCUUAGAGAGCAAGUAUGUGGUCUUAACUGCUGAGUCAUCACUCCAGCCCAUGUACUUCAUUUUUAACAUUUUGUGAUAGCUCCUUAUUGUUUGAAAAAAAAUGUUACUCUUGCAUGCAUGGCAUAUGAUCUACCUACUUACUUUUUUAUCUACCUUUCUGUGACUGCCAUCAGAUUUGUACUAAAGAAAUUUAGAAUUGCCUUUUCCAAUAUGUUACUAUAAUUUCUGCUUUUUCCAAUAUAUUACUAUUAUUCUGCCUCUGACUUUUCUACCUAGCGUUAAAUUAGACACUGUUCAAAGAAGCAGCUGACUCAGGUUUUAUUCCUUUUUAAUUCAUUCCCAAUUUCGGGAGGAAAGGUUUGACUUGCAGAAAAAUAUCGAUUUCAAUAUACAUUAUUUAAAACAAUCCAUUAGUUAAAGUUCUUUUAGGACAGAUCAAUGGUCUUUGAAGUCUAGAUAUCCUACAAGAGUCUGUUAGAAGUAUUUGCAGGGAUUGUUUCAUAAUGCAGAAUGGCGCCUGCUUUUUAGAAGCUGCAGGGAAAGAACAGUUAAUCCCCAUCUUGUGAUUUCUCAGAAGAGCUUAGGAUUUUAGGACUAAAUGGAAUUUUAUUAGCACCAAGAAAAACAAACGUAGUUGGAAAGAAAAGUGGUGCAAUGGUAUCAAGUGGGAUGCGCGACGUGUAGUAUCUUGCGUCUGCACUGGCAAGCCUCUGCUGGCUCUUACAGCUCAGCUUAGGCAUUUUCUCUGGUAGCCUUUUUGGUACACUCAGGUACUCCAGUCUCUGCUUCCACUAAUUUUGGUUCAUAACUCUUAAAUUAGCUUUCUGUUACAAUUUUUUAAAUAGUUCUUGAAACAAUCACCUUUAAAAGAGGACAGUUUACUAUGGCUCAUAGUCUUGGAGGCUUCAUUCAGUUCCUGGUCAGUUGGCUGCUUGUCUCUAUCCCUAUGAGAAGCAUAUGAUGGAGCAAGCUGCUCGCCCUGUGGCAGUUGAGAAGAGAGGAAGCACGUCCAUGUCCCACAAUCCUUUCAAGAACAUAACGUUAAACCUCACACUGGGCCCCAGUAGUGACUUGUCAUGGUUCGUAGUUGCUAGUGGUCUUCAAACUUUGAUGAGCAUCGGGCUUCUUAGAAGCCCUGAUGAUUUCUCAUUCAUUAGAUUUGGGCUCAAGAAUUUGUGUUUACACAGGGUAGCUAUUUACUGCUGUUUGAGAGUUUUAGAAACAUGGAGAUGAACUCUUUGCUUCUGUAAAGCAAAAUAGAAUGCAUCAUUUUAUGUUUCAGACAGAAGUGUCUGGAAAAUGGAUUCAAAUGCAGAUUGAUGAUAUGAAGAAAGGAAUUAGUGAAUAAAUUAUU